GAGAUUUAAAAAAAUCGAAAUGAGUCUUUGACCGCAACGGAUGUCGUUCAAUCACAACAUUAUGAGGUCAUGUAAUGACAUCGUCCAAUCACAGACUGAGAUGUAGUUACACGUCAUCUAAUCAUAGAGUAAUGAUGUGUCACUGACAUUUUGUUGGUGUCGUGCCAGACUGGAAGUAACGUGCACAAUUCAACCUUGAGAAUUUUGAAGCGAUGCAGAGCCAAGAAAGUGGCACCAGCAGGCCGGAGUCCCACGAGGGCACCAAAGCCGUGGUGUCCGAAGAACCAAUGACGGCCCAGCGUGUCAUCCACCUGCACCUUGAGCUGCUCUCUUUCCUUAACGACCUCCAGACGGCGGCCGACGCCAAGCAGUCGCUGCGGCGAACCAAGUAUGAGGAGGCCCUGCGAUUGCGCACGGAGCGGCUGAACAAUUCCAAGGAGUUCAGCAAGAGGAAACUGGAGGAGAUCAAGGAGGGCUGGGCUCAAGCUGCCACCAAGACCACACUGCCCGACCUCUUGGAUGCUUUGAACCGUCAACAGACGCUCUGCUCAGAGAUAAUGGGCCACAAGAUGGACCUCAUUGCCGAACUGCAGAAGAAAUGGCUGGACGGUGACGAGCGCCACUCCAUCGAUCUCCGUAAGCAGGCGGAGGCCCUAGACUUGAUGAUCGAGCGCAUGGACAAGGUCCGAGUGAAGACCAUGGCCAACAAGGAGCUGGCGCACAUCCAGAGCCCGCACGAAAUUUUCCUCAAGCAGAGCCUGCGCGAAUGGGAUGGCUACCAGACGGAGCUCAAGGCCCGCCGCAAGGAAUGGUUGACCCAGAGGAAGCUGGCCAUGGAGGAGUACGAGAAGGCCAUGCCCAUACUGGAGCUGACUCAAGAGGAGUGCAACACGUCCAAGCGCAACAUCGACAUGAAGUUGAUGGAGCUGGAGCGAGAGCAGGAGGAGAUCAAGGGCAAGCGCAAUGUGCUGGAGGCCCGCAAGCUUAGCUGCGAUGAGAAACCCGAGGUCAUCUAUUUGCUGCGCAAGCGCGUAAACACGCUCAAGGUGCAGCUGAGCGACAUCAUGAAGAACAUUCAGAUGGAGGAGGAGAGCUUCCAUCGACGCGAGCAGCACCUGCUGGAAGAUAUUCGCCACAGCAUUGCGCAGCACAAGCGCAUCCAGAAGAAGAUCAAGCACUUCGCCCUGAGCGAUGCGCAGACCUUCGUGGAUAUGUCACGCAUGUUGGUGGCGGAGGUGAAGCUGCUGGCCGAGAGUGCGCUGGCGGCCGACUCACACCUCUGCGCCCACCUGGGUUUGAAGUGGGAGCGACCUGUGGCCACCAUGGAGCGCUGCUAUCCCAUCCAGCCGCAGGACAAGUUCGAGAUGGCGGCUCAGGUGUAUGCUGAGAGCGUGGCCGAGGUGGAUACCAAGACCAUGACGGCGUUGCUGGCAUUACUCAGCGACGAGCUGGGCUUCUUGAUCGAAAACAGCGAGCACCUCAGCUUCUUAUACAACGAGCAACACACGGCUGAGAAGCUCCUCGGACUCCUCAACGCCUUUGACUUCUACGACGACGACCUCAACAGGCUGGCCGCGUUUCUGCUCAAGUACGAGGAGCAGCACCGAACUGAUGACGACCCCGACUGUGGGUCCGAGCAUAUAAUCCAUCCUAACAAUAUCCUGCCCGCGUUUUUGAGCUUCGUCAGCUACCGCGUGCACUGCAUGAAGAGUUCGUCACUGCGCCAUUAUCUGGACUGGGAUUCUGAUGCAGAUAAAGCCUUUUGGGAGAGCAUGGUUAACGUCGUCCCCGAAGAGAAGCUCCGGAUCUGGGACGCUGCAGAGAUUGCCCUGACGCAGUAUCUUGCCAUUCUGGAGGAGAACUCUGAAAUAUUUCAGAAGAAUCUGAUUCUGGAAGAGGAAAACAAGGAGUUGCGCAAGCAAUUAUCGUGCGAGAAAGAUGGGAGCGCUUUUCUGUUCAAGGACUUUCUGGAAAAAGAUGAUAAAACGUAAAUAGAUUAAAAAAACAAAACAAAACAAAAAACUAAUGUAAUAAGAUCCAGGUCAAAGUCCUGUGUUUAAAGCAGUAAUGUGAAGUAAUUUCAUAACAUGCCAAAUAGGGUCAUUAAACAUUGUCCAACAAAUAAAGCAUGAAAAAAUAAUUUAUAUGUUGUAUAUUUGACAAAAUAAUCGUGUUUCCGAAGUUCGAGCCUGAAAGGGGACGAACCCGGAAGUGAUGCAUCACACCAGGAACAGCGAUGGCAGCUCCAUACAUAUGGCUGCCAUACAAAGCUCUUCAAACAAUGAUUCAUACAGCGAUAUAAGCGAUAGAUCGAGCGCAAGGGAGGAGAUCCAAGUUUUUGAAGCGUUGGAGGAAGAAGAGGAGCUUGGAAUUUUAUGUUGGACCUAACAUGUAUUAGCCAGACGCUAAUCAGGAUGCAAACAAUGUGCCUAGACUACCUGACAUGGAAUGGAUACAAGACCCAUCGAGAUUACAAGAUUGGUAAGAUAUAGGCUGUUAUUAUUUUCAUGAUUUGAAGAUGCAGGCAUUUGCACAUAAUUUUAUGUUUUUGUCUAUCUGAUGACAUUGUUAAAAAAAAAAUCAGACUUCAUGUUCAUUUUGGCAGGUCCGGCAGCUCUCGUGCAUAUAAAAUAAUAUAAAAACGUUGGGGGGAAAGAAGGAGAUGAGUCGUUGAUGGCUUUCUCCACUUUAUUGUGGCAACAAUAAAACAAAAUAAUAGCGGACUGCCGCCACAUUCGACCGCGAAGUUUUGCUUCUCGCUGAUCUCUUCCUCGCCUCCUACUACUCCAGCGUCUCUUAAACGGAUCGUGCAUAGUGUCUUGUUAUGAGCUUUUUGUUUACAAAUGUAUCGAACACACGACGUGCUGACAACUUUUUUUCUUUAUUAACACAUGGACCUAACAGUAAGAACACAGCUUGGCACAGCUCUCGGCAGGAAGUGGCGUCUAAUGGCGUGAGGAAAUGUUGUUUUUUCACACAAGCGAACAGAUUACAAAGCACCACUUCAGUGUUGUCCCGAGACUACAUUUUCCAUGAUUCACUGCGUGACUUGAGCCGCUCGCUGAUUCGCUGCGAGAUUGAUUCAAUGCCAACACGCUAAGUUGUCACCUGUCAGCGGCUCUCGCGAAACACAAACUAGAAGGCUAUCAAGCGAUCACCGUGAAAGAAACACCGAACCGUACAAAUACAAUGGAAUGCUUGAAGCAUGAAGGUCGAAAUACAUGAUACAAAUACAAAUAAAUGUGCACAAACUCACCGGCGGUGUGUGUCUCUUACUGCAACUUGACCGUGAAUUACCGUGACGCCGACUUGCUUAUAUGCACAUCCAGACCCCUUUCCCGAUUGACAGUUGAUUAACCCUUUCGGACAAGAUCGUAGAUGAUGCACAAUUUAAACACGCUUAACCUAGCAAACCCAACGACAAUUAUGAUCGGGGAUUGCCACGAGUUAACUUUCGGCUAACGUCGCUAGCUUAUACUGAUCAUUCCACAACAGUUGGCAGCUCUGCUUUGACAAAGUCAUCAGUCAUCCAUCCAAAAAUCACACUUUUUGGCAAAUCCUUGAUCAUAGGCAGACCGGCUAAGGAAGCAGGCAUCUUCGAAGUGUUUGCAGCAGAGAACACUACUCGAUGAUGGCGUGAAAUUCAUUCGCUUCGUGCGAACGAAAGAUGUCCAUUUACGUGCCCUGCUAUCCUUUGGCCACUCAUACAACUUUUCGUUUGAGUGAGAACAAAACAUCGCCACACACCGCCAUGGCAUCUUACCGAGAAGCAAUGCAACAAACAAUACUGUUCUAUGGCGGA